UUUCUCUCCCCUCUCUCUCCGCCUCGACGUGACGCAGUGUUUCUGACCUUCAUCCCCCUCGUGUGCACAGCGUGGGCCAGUGGGACAGCCAUGGAGGACACCCUCACCUGCAGCCCUGCCACCUUCUCCCAGGUGUUCGGACGUCAGGGACAGCUCAUGCAGGCUACGGUCCAGUCCUUGAACAGUCUGAAUGACCAGAUAGUCCACUUCAUGGUGACCAGGCCCGGCACUCUGUCCCGGGAGGGCGAGGCCUUCAUGCCCGGAGAGAGAGACACCUUGAAGAAGUCCAUGGCCCUGAUGAGGCACAUGCUCAUGGACGCACAGGGGAAAAUCCUUAAAAUGAUGGAAGACAACAAGCAGCUGGCUCAGAGGAUCGAUGGGGCCAUCCAGUCUGCCAGUCAGGAGGUGACCAACCUGCGCUCAGAGCUGUCGGCCACCAGCCGUAGACUGGCAGAGCUGGGGGCCAGCAGCCCCCCCUCGCCCCUGGAGAACAACCACCAGCAUCACCAGCACAACCACCAUGACCAUGACAGCCUCCGCUACCAGGAUCAUAGGCAGAAGUCGGUGGUGAGCGAGAUCUGUUACCAGACAGAGAUCUCCAGCCUCAUGGACUUUGGCACCCCAGACUCCUCGCUCGACAAAGUGUUGCUGCGUGAGGAGGUGGCCCAGCUGCAGGAGGAGGUGCACCUGUUGAGGCAGAUGAAGGACAUGUUGAGUAAGGACCUGGAGGAGACCCAGGGCUGCUCCUCUCACCUCCUUUCAGCCACUGAGCUCCGUGUGCAGCUGGGAGACAAGGAGCAGGAGCUGGACCGCGCCAAGGAGGCCUUACAAGCUAUGAAGUCUGACCGUAAGCGUCUGAAGGUGGAGAAGGCAGACCUGGUGAACCAGAUGCAGCAGCUGUACACCACACUGGAGAGCCGGGAGGAGCAGCUCCGAGAUUUCAUACGCAACUAUGACCAGCACCGUAAGGAGAGUGAGGAUGCUGUGAAGGCCCUGGCUAAGGAGAAGGACCUGCUGGAGAGGGAGAAAUGGGAUCUGAGGAGGCAGACCAAAGAAGCUACAGAGCAGGCCUGCAUCCUGCGUUCUCACAUGGACAUGAAGGAGAACCGCAUCAAAGAGCUUGAGGCUGAGCUCACAAUGGCGAAACAGUCCCUGGCCACGUUGACUAAGGAUGUGCCGAAACGCCACUCCCUGGCCAUGCCCUCAGAGCCGGUGGUGAACGGCAGUCAGGAGUGGGCGAUGCAGGGAGACUUGCCCCUCACCGCUGCCAUCCGCCAGAGCCAACAGACCCUCUACCACGGACACACUGUGGACCGCCAGGCGGUGGUCAGGGUCAGUCCCUGUCACUCCCGCCAGCCCUCCAUCAUCUCGGACGCGUCGGCGGCUGACGGGGAUCGGUCGUCCACCCCAAGCGACAUCAACUCCCCCCGCCACCGGACCCACUCCCUCUGCAAUUCUAUGGAGGACCUGGAGGACCAGAAGCGUAAGACAAAGAAGAAGGAGAAGAUGAGUCUGGGCUCCCUGUCCCGGGUGUUUGCUCGGGGAAAGCAGCGCAAGUCAAUGGACCCGGGCCUGUUUGAUGGUACAUCCACCCCUGAUUAUUACAUAGAGGAGGAUGCCGACUGGUGAUGGUGUAUGUGGAUUUCUGUGUGGGUCUGGUUGUGUGCAUGCAGGUGUGUGUGUGUGUGUGCGUGCGCAAGCGUGCAUCCAUGUGUGUCUGUCUGUGUGUGUGGGUGGGUGUGUGUGUGUGCCUUCAUGUGUGCCUAUGUGUCUGUGUGUGUGUGUAUACGGGUGUGUUGCUGCCUGUUCCCAAAAGAAAAACCCGAGAGACAACUGCUGCCCCCAGAUAAUGUACAUUAUCCUCAAAAAUGUAUGUAUGUAAAUUAAAUAUAUAUUUAUAGAUGUACAUGUAUGCAUAUGUAUAUAUGUUUACAUGCAUAUAAAUAUAUAGACAGGAUUGUUAUGCGUUGACAUGUUUAUGCUGUGUUAUCUUUUAUUUGUCUUAAUAUACGUUUCUUUUUAUAACUGGAGACUUGAAGGACAGCUGUGCAUAUGUAAAUAGAAGUAAUUCUGCACCUAGUGUUUGUAAAUGUAUUUUGUCUGAUAACUGUUUUAUUUUAGAGUUGCUUUUAUCAUAUUUCUGGACUUGUUUUAUUUAGAAUCCUCCCAUCCCAGUCUUAUUUGGCCCAUUCCUGACAUUCUCAUGAAAAUAUGAAUGAGGAAUACCCUCCACGUUGUAACUGGAGACUAAACAUACUAGCACAACCCUACUCUGAACCGAAGUAUACUGGACCACUGGUAUCAUUUAGUAAUAAAAAAAAACAUUGAAGUGUAUGGACCAACCAUGUUUCUGAGAGUGAAACUGAAACUAAAUGUUAAUAAUAUGACAAUCAUAAGGACAUUUGAUAUUGUAGUUCACAGUGGACCAGUUUGUCCGCUGUUUCAGAAUCGUCCCGCUAUACAGCAACAGUAAGGACUUUGAAGCUACCUUUUGUUGUGCCACUGUAGAACAAGAGAACCUACUACAGCUGG